AAGGCAAAAAGCUUUCAGGUGGGGGGAGAAGGAAUUUUGCGCUUUUUUUGGGUGAAAAUUCUCGACGGAGAUGAAGAUCACGGCGUUAUUGGUGUUGAAAAUCAAUCCGGAUGGAUCCGAUCCGAUUAUUCUGGCCAACGCUUCCGAUGUCAGCCAUUUCGGCUACUUCCAGAGGUCCGGCAUCAAGGAGUUCAUCGUCUUCGUGUCUCGAACCGUCGCCAAACGGACGCCGCCCGACCAACGCCAGUCUGUGCAACACGAAGAGUAUAAGGUGCAUGCUUACAACAGAAAUGGCCUUUGUGCUUUGGGAUUAAUGGAUGAUCAUUAUCCAGUUCGAAGUGCUUUUUCGCUUCUCAACCAGGUAUUAGAUGAAUAUCAGAAAAAUUUUGGGGAUUCGUGGAGGACAGUACAAGCAGAUAGCACUCAACCAUGGCCCUACCUGAAUGAAGCUUUGAGCAAGUUCCAGGACCCUGCUGAGGCAGAUAAGUUAAUGAAAAUUCAGCGAGAAUUGGAUGAGACCAAGAUUAUCCUUCAUAAAACCAUUGAUAGUGUUCUGGCACGAGGUGAGAAGCUCGACAGUCUAGUUGAGAAAAGUUCAGAUUUAAGUGCAGCCUCUCAGAUGUUCUACAAGCAGGCGAAGAAAACCAAUUCAUGCUGUACCAUACUGUAAUUUUCUGAAGGAAAACAGUUAUCCUGUGAAGGCGUGCACUUGUUCUAGUGCUGAAGCUAUUGAUUGAUGACAAAAUAUAGACUGCAAUAUGUUAUAUAUCGUAUGAUAAUUGUUUACGUUUAAAAAAUCCCUGUGGCUUUCUCCUUCUUAAUGUUUGUCUUUUGGACAGAAAGUUGGAGGGAAUUGAACAUCCAGAAACGAUUUUCUUUUGCGGUACCAGUAUGUAUGCCAAUUCUUCUAUUCUGAUAAUAUAUUGCAUUUUAAAUA